AUGGCAUACUUACCUCUUCCCCGCGUCGAGUCCCUUGUGGACGCGACCUCCUUCCAUCUUACCGUUCUUCCCUACUUAUCCCAGCUGCGAUGGCUGCCCGACAGCUUGCGCGAAGCUGGUCUUGAUGUUUAUAGCUUGCGAGCUGUUUAUCUUGCCACCAACCCCUUCGUCCUUGCGCUUGCCUUCGCUAGUGUUCUGGCCGGUUUAUUCUUCAUCGCCGCUGAGAUCAACCGAAACUACUCGCAAGUGGACCGCUUUUGGAGCAUUCUGCCCGCAGUGUACAACGUUCAUUUUGCCGUCUGGGCUCGUUUAUCCGGCAUUCAAACCCAUACUUUGGAUACAAUCGCUGUUGUCAGUGUUAUUUGGAGUGUUCGCUUGACUUUCAACUACUGGCGCAAAGGAGGAUAUUCGAUUGGCUCAGAAGAUUACCGCUGGGAGAUUGUUCGCUCCAAAGUGAACAAUGGCUUCGUCUUCAUGAUCUUCAAUCUUGGCUUCAUUGCAGUGGCUCAGUCGCUGCUGCUUCUUCUCAUCACUGCCCCGACCUACAUUUUCCUGGUCACCGCAUACAACCAGGGAGCAGAGACAUUCGGCCUUCCGGACUUGGCUUUCUCCCGCGCUAUCAUCUUCUUCAUUAUCAUUGAGUUCUUCGCCGACGGACAACAGUGGAACUUCCAGAAUGCUAAGAAGGAAUACCUGAACAACGCGCGCAUUUCCGAGGCCCACAAGGACCAAUAUUCCGCCGAAGAUCUCGACCGUGGCUUCGUUGUCAGUGGCCUCUGGUCCUGGUCCCGCCACCCCAACUUUGUCGCCGAGCAGGCCGUUUGGGUGACCCUGUACCUGUGGUCCUGCUACCGCACCCAGACUUACUACAACUGGGCCGGCCUUGGCGCUUUGGGAUAUCUCGCUAUCUUCCAGGGAAGCACCCGUCUGACUGAGAGUAUCAGUGCUGCCAAGUAUCCUGAGUACAGCGACUACCAGGCUCGUGUUGGCAGGUUUAUCCCUCGCCUGUCUGUCAAGGCUAAGAAGACAAAGGCUAGCAAGAAGAGCAAUUAA